AUGGCGGCGGCGGAGCUCAGCGCGGUAUAUCGCGCCAUGCAGAAGAGCGCGGCGAGGUUCUCAAACUACAACGUUCGAGAGUACUUCAAGCGCAGGGUUCGGGAGGAGUUCGAGAAGAACGCCAACCUGGUGGGCGAGGAGGCGGCCGCGGCGCUGGCCAAGGCGAAGAAGGACCUCGCCGUGAUCGACAGGCAGGUUCAGGUAUACUCGCUGUACGGGUCCGAGUUGAGGUCUGUGCUCGAAAUAACAAGGAAGCCGUGA